CAACAACAACAGUUACAGUUACAAUGCAUUGUGUACAUGCACGUGUACAUUGUGUGAUAGUCUAUUGAAAAUGGAACCUGAAAAAUCACAGUUGAAAUGUGGAUUUGCUGUCAUAUCCAAGGAUAUCGAGUGUGGUACUGACGCUUCAUACCCCAAUGACAAGAGUGUGAUCCCCUUGAAACAAUGUAAGAAGGACGUGCACUCCCAUUUGAUGCGUUGGAUGUCCUCCAGGAAAGCCAGUCAAGUCAAAAGUGAAUGGGAGCUCAUAGCACUUCGUGCUGGCGUGUUUGAUAUGAGUUCUCCAGUUCUGGACACCACAAUAUGCCCGAACCACCGAUACAAGUUGAGUUUAUCAUGGAAUCAGCAAAGGAGAUGCCAGCACCCACUUCAUCAACCCUCUAAAACAAGUCGGAAGCCCAGAAAAGAUGGUGGUUCAGUUCAUCGAGUGAUGUCUCGGGAAAUAUACAUCAAGUGGGGAGUUUUUGUCCCAGUUGGCUCAGCUCUGUGUAAAGGAUGUGAGGCUAAACAUCGAGUAUCUGUGGCAAAUGUAGAACCAGAAGUAGAACCAGCACCCAUGGAUACAGAGUCCGCUGUUGCCUCUUCCUCUGUUCAACCAGCCGACGCCUUAGAAAACCCAGCAGACGGGACAGAAGGGCAAUCUCUCAAGUCAGAUAUACAUGUAAAUGUAGGCCAUGAGGGAGGAGUUGGAGAUGUUCAGUAUCCAAUUAAGAUUCAAUCAGCAAGUGGUGGUGAAGGUGAUGGAUCUUCCUCUGAAACAGAUUUGCUUAUCAAGGGUCGCCACUUUUUACCAGGGAAUGGUGGCUCGAGCCCUAGCACAGAGACCACUAGUGGGAAUAAUGAUGCUCGUGAUAUACUAGACAUCACGUGGGCCCCAACCCCAGCGCCAAAGAAUUUUGAGCUUGCCACACUGAAUAGGUUUCUGCAGCAGGGAGGAUGUGCACCAGUAGAAGGCCAGCUCCAAACUGCAAUUGGUUAA